UACUUUACUUGAACAACAAGUUGAUUCUGCUCUUUGUUUAGUUUUGGAGUUUUCUAUCAUUGUUAGAACUUUUCUAAACUAGAAAAAGGGAGAUGCAGACCACUGAGGAGCAGAAGGUUCAACAGCAGGUAGGGAGACCAUGGAGUACUGGACUAUUUGACUGCCAUGAGAACCAAACAAAUGCUGUUAUGACAGCAUUUUUUCCUUGUGUAACAUUUGGGCAGAUAGCAGAAGUAUUGGAUGGUGGAGAACUCAGUUGUCAUCUUGGAAGCUUCAUUUACCUGCUAAUGAUGCCUGCUUUGUGUACUCAAUGGAUUAUGGGAUCAAAGUACAGAGAAAAGAUAAGGAAAAAGUAUGAUUUGGUUGAAGCUCCAUAUACAGAUGUGAUUUCUCACAUCUUUUGUCCAUGUUGUUCUCUAUGUCAAGAAUUUAGAGAGCUUACGAAAAGAGGACUUGACCCGGCUCUUGGGUGGAAUGGUAUUCUUGCAAGACAGCAAAGUGAUCAAACAUUGAACAAUCCUCCCCCGAGCCAAUCCAUGUCCAACUGACCGUUCUUUCAAAAUUAGUGAAAAUUGUAUUUCUUUUGAUUGUUUUUUGUGUUCAUGUUUGAUGCUUGUAACUGAAUUAUAAGAAAAUAAAGCCACAACUUGGCAAUUUCAUA